CGGCUAGAAGACCAAGCUGGAGCAAUAUUUUGCGGCCGACCUCCUCCCACAAAUGACUACCUCACAAUAGACUCCCCAACGGCUCCACUGUUCGAUGGUGAAGCCACAGCGCGGGAACACUGGCAUUCGAACCUGGGGCCUUGUGAUUCCCGACUGAUUGCUCCGCCACAGAAUUGUCAUCCAGUAUCUAAAUACAUAUGUACUAAUUUUGCUGUGAUGGGGAACUAUCUGGAGCCCAGUGGAGGGCCUCCAGAUUCUUUAAAAUCUUCAAUAUCUGAUCAGUUCUGGGGAACAUCCCAUUCAGAUGCCUAUGCCCGCUAUGUACUAAACAACAAUGUUUACCAACCGUAUGUGCCAUGCAUGUUUGGAGCAGAAUCGUUAUUAUACUCACAAGCUCCAGUCCAUGCUUCUUCUCACAGAAUGUAUGAUCUACAUAAAGAAGCAUUUUUCAAUGGAGUUGGCUCGACUAAUGCCACAACAGGUUUGUACAUACCAUCUCUUGGUCACCAGCAACCACAACAGUCUCAACAGCAGCAGAAACAGCAGCAACAGCAGCAGGGACAAGCCCCUGGCCGUCAGACUUCAGUCCAGAUGUUGUUAACACAGCAAUCUACCGGUACUAGUUUAAAACCAGAAAAAUUUGACUCUGGUGCCAACAGUGAUAGGUCUAAGCACUCAGAGAUUUCUACUUCCAAACGCACUACGCCACCUGAUUGGUGUAGCAGACCCAGCAAGGGAUCAUCGUAUUCGACUUCGCAUGUUGACAACAACAGCAAGUGCAUGUCUGUGAGCAAGGAGUCCCGUUCCGCUAAGAAGUUGGAACGAGACUGCAAAGCUGAUGUACAACGUGACAUUGUCAACAUGCAGAAGGAAGAACACGACACGACCGAAAGUCAUGUCCGGACAAACCGUGUGAUAGGAAAAUGUGAAAUGGCUGCAGAUCACCAUACUUUGGAAAACGGACCCAAAAACUGGCCAUCCCACCGCUGUGUCUCCUCUUCAAAGUCCCAAGGCACUGACAAGGAUAGUUGGUCAUCGAGUGAGUCUGCACGACAAAUGAGUCACGUUAAAAGCCAAAGUGUGAUGAAAACAACAUCGAGCAGCAAAAUAUGUCCCCCUGUGAUAGUCCAACAUGUACCCACAAUGACAACCAUGACCAUGUCACCCUGUGGGUAUCACACAGUUUCAAGUGCAGCUAUGUACACCAAAGGAACUGUGUCGAAUGUCUUUACAACAAGCCGACCGAUUUCUUCUAGUUAUAUUUCUGAAAACGAAAACAAAAUUUCAAGUGCUUCUUCAACACAACCACUAACAUAUUCCUGUGUAAAUACCAAUAUUUCUAAGACAAUGUCAGAGGGGAGGAAAGUGUCAGCCGCCAUCUACACUCCAGAAAAGGCUACGGCCUCUCCGCCCCAAUCACUCGCCUACAUCCGAGGCGGAAGAGCCAAAGUCAGUUGUGAACUUAGAGUAAAGUCUGAAAAGGAUUCCUUACCAUCCUGCAAGGAUCAUAAUUUUAGCGUUGACUCUUGCAUGCAUGCUGUGAAGGUAGAAAAGCAAAUGGUACCGUGUUUGACUUCCGGAUCCUUAAAGACGAAAUCUGAACGCGCUGGCAAGAAAGUGCAGAAAGUCACUGGUCGACAAUCACCAACGCAUCGGCAGCAUCAAGAACAGCAGCAAUCGAUGCAGCAGCAGCAGCAGCAGCAGCAACAGCAACAAUCAUCACAGCAUCAUCAGCCAUACCAUCAGCAUCAUCAUCAUCAACAGCAGCAACACCACCACCACCAACCGUUGCUACAACCACAGCAUCAUCAACUGCAGCAGCAACAACAUCAACAUCAGCAGCAGCAGCAACAACAGCAGCAGCAGCAGCAUGAGCAACAGCAUCACCACCACCAUCAUCAUCACCAUCAUCACCACCAGCAGCAACAGCAGCUACAGCAGCAGCAGCAGCAGCAGCAACAACAGCAACAGCAACAACACAGUCAAAUGUUUGAAAAAGCUGGGAGCAACGUCGUUGAUAAAAGGGUCAAACAAGAAGUCGUUGACCGGUUUUUAAUAGGAAGUUGUGAUAAUAAUAAUAAUAAUAAUAAUAAUAAUAAUCAUAAUAAUAAUAACACAGACAGGUCUUACAGUGGCAAAUCUGUGAAUUGCAGCACUAACAGCAGUAGCCAGAUUUUUACCAAUAAUAAUUAUAUUAACAAUAAUAAUAAUAAUAACAGUAUCAUUGGCAGUCAUAGUAACAACAACCACAGCAGCAGCAGUAGUAUUAAUAUCAACAAUGGCAGCAUCACCAGCAGCAGAAUUAGCAACAACAGUUACAGCAGAAAUCUCAACACUUCGCAACAGGAACAUGAAAAAUUACCGAAAGAUCUACCGAGCGAUGCAAUCACGACUGACAUCAAGCAGUCCCAAGAAGUGAAAAAACUCGGCUCACCGACUGUAUACAUAAAUAUUGCAACCGAUGGUCAGUCUCAGGUGAACAGUAGUAAUUCCAGUGGCCUAGGUCGGCCACAGGCGGCUAUUCUCGACCUGAGUCUGCCUCGGAAAGCAUUAGACGGUAAUGGUCAGAACAGAAAUGCCAAUGUAGAUAAUUGUGAAGCCGCAAAGAGAAACGAGGCCUCUUGUCUCUCGCAUUCGACGCAGCGGAUAGUGGCCACAUCGUCUUAUCCGGCGGUCAUUUCAUCAGUGAAUCAAACGACAGUAGCUUCGUCAUCAUAUACGAUGUCGACGUCGUCGUCACCACCACCGCCACCUAUGUCAUCUUCGUCAUCGUUUUUGUUAUCCUCUUCCUCCUCCUCUUCUUGUACGGUCUCGACAUCAUCGUUGUGCCCCGUGACUUCCUCAAUAUCAUUCUCUACACCUUCGCAGAAGUCUUGUAGUGUUGUCAAGCAAUCGUUGUCACCGAUUCUGAUACAAGAAGACCAGCAUCAACCGCUGAUAUCUGGGCUGCCGUCUCCAAGUAGUAAAAUAACUGCCAAAGCGACGCUCCAGUCGUCAGCAUUACCGUCAUCAUCAGCAUCAAUAACAUCGUUACCUUCGUCAUCAGAAGUGUCUGUACCUUCUUCCUUGUCCUCUUCAUUGCCAAUAAUAUCAUCUUCAAUGUCAACACAUUCUCCCACAAAGCUAACAUCAUCAUCAUCAUCAGUGUCAGCGUCAUCAUUACAUGUGACAGCAGCAGCAUCAUCGUUAUCAUCAUCAUUGUCAUCGUCAUCGUCAUCUGCUGUAAUGGCCAGAUGUGAGAGCUACAAAGAAGAAAUAGACGAGAACAAGUUAUGUCUGUCGUCGACAGCUUCAUGUGGACAGUUGGAUGACCACCAGGGGAAGUCCUCUUCUGCUUCAUCCUCUUCAGCAUCAGUGACAUCAUCGACUCCAUCGAUGUCGAUGUCAUUACCGGCGUCAUCGUCGGUUGUCGUGACAACAGCCACGCCAUUAUCAUCAUCAUCAUCAUUAUCGUCGUCAUCAUCAUCAACAACAUUGUCUGUAUCGUCAUCGCCACCGUCAUCAUCUUUACUGUUACCAGAAAGAAAAACCGAACACAAGCGAGGUGUGUCAUCACCUCGGGACAGCAAAUGUUCCAGUCACAACAACAGCAACAACAUAAAUAACAACAACAGUAGCAGUCAUAAAACGCCGACCACGACCACCACCAACGAUAGCAACAACACUGUUUUGAGCAGCAGUAGUAGUAACAUUACCAAUGUCACCGACUCUGUGCAUAUUUCUGAGAAUACAAAUUCUCCACCAUUGGAGACCGUGGCAGCAAAUGUAGCCAGCCAUGAUGGCUUGAUGCCCAAAGUUUUCACAGUUGUCCAACACCCGAGCAAUAACUCAACUCUUAGGAAAAGAAAGAGUACUUGUGAUGUCGUUAAAGGAAUGGUGAGGUCUGGUUCAGCACCACCGUCCUCACGUGAUACAAGUCGUCCCUUUUCAUCUAUGGAUGCCACAGUUACCAAAUUGGAAGAAGACCAUAAUCUGUGCACAGGUAUUACCAUUCCAGUUGGAAUUGCCAUAGCCACUCAAAGACAGGAAUUAUCUCGCAGUAGUCAAGAUAAACUUCAAUCACAGGAACCAACUGCAGAUGAUGGAAUCUACAAUCGGUCUUCUGAACAUGAAAUCAAAUCUGAAGUUACGGAAAGAGACUUGUUGAGGCAACAAAAAGGAUCAGUGAGUGCCGCAGCAAUAAAACCAAAUAGUACAAAUGGAGUUCAAGACAUCAGGACAGACUUAGGUUCCAACCUUAUAUUUACAGGAAGUGGAACCAAUCCAUGGCCCGAUGAGAAUGCCCUUCGUCACUACGCUGGUCAAUGGCUUCAAACUGGUCAUCCAGCUCUAUGGUUAGGACAAGCACCAUUUGGAUUCCCUCAGAGUCUACCAACUUCAGUGGCACUGGAUCCAAACAAUUUACCCCUGUCACCACCGGCUGGUUUCAAGCUGGCACAUGAUUCUUUGAGUGGGCACUUUUUCCUGCUACCAAAUAUGGUUGAUCCGAACCGUAUGUGGCUAGCUGGAGCACCACAGCAUGGACAUGCCGCGGCAGCAGCUGCUGCAGCCGCAGCCUACCAGCACCUGAUGGCAGCACCAGGCCAAUCACCACAACAGGCAGCAGCAGCAGCGGCAGCAGCCCUUCAACAGCAGCAGCAACAACAAGUCACAGCUCAAGGCCCCGACGGCCACGCUCCACAGGGAUUAGAUUUCUCACUUGCAUUGCAACAAUAUCAACAAUUUGAAGAGCAACAGAAUGCAGCACUGCAACAACAACAACAAUCAGUGUUGCAACAACAACAGCAACACCAACAACAACAGCAGCAACAACAGCAGCAGGAUGUUUCUGGUGGUGAUGAACGUGAAGUAUCAUGUUAUGCAGAGAAUGUACAAGAGAUCCUGUCAGGAGAGCAGAAAACACCAUCUCCAACUGCGUCUCCUACUACAUUAGCAGUGAACCAGAAUGCAACGACUCUUGGUAAAGACAAGGGUUCCAUCCUUGUCUCACCUCAUCACCCUUACAUUCCAGAUUUGGCAGUUGCUGCUGGCCAACCCUACGCCUUUUCCUACUCCACUGCUCAUUUGCCGUUUAUUUACAACCCUGCUCUUCUGCCAGGGUCCCUGGCUCCGAUGGCUCUUUCUGAAGCACAGCCGCUACCCCAAAAGCCGGAAGGUACCAUGCAGUCUCGUGGCACUUCCCCGAUGACUGUUGUUGCUUCGACUCCUUCCCCAGUGCCAGAAGAUUCCACAGCGAGCCCACUGGACGGCCAGAACAAUGAAGAGGAAGACGAGAGCACGUGUGGUGCUAGUACUGAUGGCCACAAAGUGUUGGUCAGUGCUGAGGUUUCUGUACAGACCGGUGAAAGUGAAGAGGAGAGUGUACCGAGUGAAGACAGCUUGAUACACGAACCACAACAACAACAGCAGCAGCAGCAACAGACAACAAAGACUGAAGAGAUAGAAGAUGAAAGACAUGAAGUCGUAGAAGAGGAAGAAGAUGAAGAGGAGGAAGUGGAGGAAGAAGAAGAAGAUGAAGUGGAAGGUGAAGAGGAUGAUGAGGAGGAGGUUGAAAGCAUAGUGAUACGGGAAGGUUCGACUCAGCUGGAAAGCAACUCUGGGAACCAGAACCAGCAGAGUGGGACCAGCAGCACGAAGGAGGAAAUAAUCGACGGAGAAGAGGAAAUCGAAGAAGAGGAAGUAGAUGAUGAGGAUGAGGAAGAGGAAGAUGAGGACGACGAUGAUGAUGAGGAAGAUGAGGUGGAAGAGGAAGCUGAAGAGGGUGAAGAAGAGGAAAUCGGAGAAGGCAAGGCUGAAGAAUUGCAAGAAGAAGAGAGGAGAGACGAGAGACAGAAGAAGAUAGUUUUGUCUGAUUACCAGAAGCAGCACCACCACCAUCAUCAUCAUCAUCAUCGUCAUCAUCAUCGUCAUCGUCAUAAUCAAAGCAGCAAACAUUCAGAGCAGACUGGUCUUAGUAGUAAUAGUAGUAGUAGUAGUAGUGGUAGUAACAUGUGUAGUAGUAUUUCUCAUUGUACCAGAAACAACAGCAACAACAACAGUUGCUUGGUUGAAGAACAGAGAGUUAAAGAGACCUUACAAGUGGAAGAUGAAGAAGUUGGCGAGGGAGAAGAGGAAGAGGAGGAAGAAGAAGAAAUUGAAGAUGAAGAUGGUAUUGAAGAGGGUGAGGAAGAAGAGGAUGGUGAAGAAGAUGACGAAGAGGAAUUAGAAGAUGACGAAGAUGGUGAAUACAGUUUAGGUGAUGAGGUACUGGUGAAGAAUUUGCGGAAAGAUAGCAAUAAAAGACAACUUCAAGAAAGACAACAACUACAACAGCAGCAACAUCAUCACCAUCAUCAACAACUGCAACAACAACAACAGCAACAGUUACUGCAACAACAACAACAACAACAGCAACGACAGUGCUUGAUUGAAGAUGAUGAUGAAGACGACGAAGAAGAGAACGAGGUUGAUGAUGAUGAUGAUGACGACGAUGAUGACGAUGAUGAUGACGACGAUGAUGACGAUGAUGAUGAUGAUGAUGAUGAUGACGACGAAUACGACGAGGAAGAACUCUUAGACAAAGACAACCAAUCUUUGGAAGAUUCUUGCCAUGUUGCCACCUCCAUGUUACAUUUAGCUGACGAAACCGAUUCUACUUCUGACGAGAAAGUAGCAGACAUAGAGAACGAUAUCGAUAUCAAGGAACUUGCUUUGGCUGUGAUGAGUAUGAAGAGUGAAACGGUAAAGAGUGAAAAACUUCUCUGUGACACUCCCAUGUCUUUGAGUAACAUGACAUGUCCAAGUUUCAGCAGCCUUGCCCACAGUAGCCAGACGAUGGGCCAUCAAUAUGGCUCUCAUACUCUGAAUAGUCACACAAUAAACCAUCCAUAUGGUAGUUCUCAUUCAAAGAAUAACAGCAAUAAUUAUAACGGUCUUGGUGCCAAUAAUGGCAACCUUGCUUCCAGUUCAGAAAAUGUUUUCAGCAGAACAUAUCCAGAUCCUAGAAACGGCUUGGAAUUGCUUAGCACCGUGGCUGAACAGCUUGGUGACGUGCAUCCAGCGGUGACAUCUUCAGGAUCUUCAGCUAAUACAGCCACCAGCUUAAAGACAGCAUCGAGUCCUGGCAGUGCUGGAAGUGCAAGCUGUGCCAGCAACAACAGCUCUAGUAACACAGCUAGCAGCAGUAACAGUAGUAGUAGUGGUGGUGGUAACAGCAAUGGUAGUAGCAGCAGCAGCAGCAGUAGUAGCGGUAGUAUGAUAAAUAGCACUUGUAACAGUAACAACAGCGUUGGCCAUAACAACUUCAGUCAUACUUAUUGUCAUAGUAACCAUAGCAACCAUAAUGUCAAUGUUAGUCAAGGUGACUGCUCUAUCUUGGGCAAAGCAGGCGAAUCGGCAGCGAGCAAGGCGUACAAUGCCCUUGCCAAGACGUUCGACGCUUCGGCCCUGUUGAAGAGCAGUGAGAUGACCACUCGGAGCGGUUGUGACAUUACCAACAGAGGUAACGACACAAUACCAAAGAUUGUACGCAGCAAGGACUUCAACUCCAGGCACAAGUACUUCAGCAAAGAAUUGGUCAACCCACACAUGAACAUUGGUGGAUUAAAUAUACCUCAAGGUCUUGAAAGCAUGGAUGCCAUAGAGCUUGAGAUGAGGAUGAGACUUGCCGAACUACAGCGACGUUACAAGGAGAAGCAAAAGGAAUUGAACCGGUUACAGUUGAAGAAAGAUCGAGAAGAGGAUGUUCAAAGCAAAAGAGGUCCUGGAAGACCAAGGAAACGCAAGUUACCUCGUGAAGGACCAUCUUUGAGUAUCAAGCAUGGUGGUGGUACAUCACCAAAACCUGCAGGUAAAGAUCCCUCUUCGAAGCGAAAGAAACUUGCAGAAAAACUUGUUGAUAAAGUUUUCAGACAAUCUUCACAGAUGCCAUCAUCCAAGAGGAAUCGUAACAAUAAAGCUUUGAUUGCUCCUGGAAAAAUGUCUACGGUUCUUGUGAAGAAAAACAUGGCGCCAUCUACCAGUAGGUCAGGUGCAGAUAUAAUUCAACCAGCAACUGGAAAUAUUGGUGGUCGUGGUAUACAGCCUUUAAAACCAGCUCGGAAACUGGGACAGAUGCCUUCAACAGAAUCUCCAAUUUCUAGAGUGGAUGCUUGGUCUUUCAACGAUGACUCACAAAGUCUUACAUCCCUCAGGAAAAAAGCCCCUAAAUUGCCAGCUAAAAACCAGAAAGGAUUCAUUUGUGCAGACAAAGUUCGACCGAUGGGUACUGGUCUUAUGGCUGCUUACUCCUCUUUAACCACUGAAGAUAAUAAUAAUGAUAAUAAUGCUAAUAAUAACUCAGACUUGAAUCGAGCCAAAAAGAAGAAGCGUAAAUCUGAAGAAGGAAUUUCAAUUAAGACAUCGCCAAAUUCUGUUUUAGGCAGCUACGAUACAAAGGACUCUGAUGGUGAAAGCUGUGAUACUUCUGGACAAGGAAAUAAGAAACGAAAGCCUGGAAGACCGAAACGAUGCCAUCAAAAUAAAACAUUUGGAGUCACGGAAACCAUUGUAGCACGAAAGACUAAACAUUUGAGUUUUGCACAGUUAAAGGAAGCCGACCAACAGCAACAGAAGCAAAAGAAUGCCCUGAACUCGUCUCUUCACAAGACAAACACAACACCAAACGAAGACAAAUUCAAAUUUAAAAACGAUGUGCGUUUAAAGCCAUUUUACAUAGAAGAAGACUGGUGCAGUCGUCGUCGCAGUGAGCGCAUCUUUUUGAAUGACUCCAGCCCACAGCCGUCGCCCAAUAACAUCCGGGGUUCUGCACAGAACUGUACUUCCAUGCAAAAUUCCUUGUCCACCAGCGGCAGCAGCUCAAGUGCAAAUAAUGUCAAUUUGGGCAAGUCGAGCACUCGGAACAAUCGAUCGAGUAGUGCUUCUGGUAAGAAUAAUGCCAGCGCACCUGGUACCUCUGUUACUGUUGCUGCUAGCAUUGGCACCAGCACCAGUAGAACAGCUAGCAAUGCUGGCGAUUUGAGUUCAGUCCCUAAUGUCACCAGUGCACAGGGCUCAGGUCAACCAAAGGUGAAGAGCGUGCGUAAACUUUCGGAGAAAGUGAAAGAGAAAUACAACAAAGCUGCUCGUAAAAACGUACCGGCUGCAAUGGAGUGCAACGUGACAACGGCUGGCGCCAACAGCAUGUCUGUCAACAGCAGCACUGUCACCACUAUGAGUGUUACCACCUCUAACACCAAGAACAGCAGCAGCAGCAACAACAACAACAGCAGCUCAACUGCAACAUCGUCUUCAAGUUCUACCAAAACAGUAGCUAUUUCUUCGUCAGCUUCCAAUUCUACAGCAACAUCCAUUUCGUACCACACUUGUCGUUCAGCCUCGGCAUUCUCAGCUUUUGAAAACUCCAAACUACGUUUGCCAUCUUUCCGACAAGAGUCGAGUGAAAAUGAAGGAGAGGCUAGCGACUUCAGUAGCAGUGAUGGAGACAACAUACCUCUUAGUGCUCUCAGAGAAAGAACAGCAACCCCUGAACCACGAUGCUGUACUAUCGAGAAAGAAGACUUGAAGGAUGGCUUACGUGUCCUCUUGUUCAGAGAUGGACUGUUUUAUGAAGGAGAAGUAAAAGCUAUCAGACCCCCUGAUGUAUAUGGUGUGGUGAUUGACAACGAACGAGGAAACAGGCCACAUAUCUAUUCUCAGGAAGAAAUACUUAAAGAUGCUGUCCUGGAUGUUACACCAGGAUCCCCCAAAUAUUUACCUGAAGGUACCCGGAUGUGUGCCUACUGGAGUCAACAAUAUAGUUGUUUGUACCCAGGCACUAUAUCUAAAUCAAGUCCAAACCCGCAUGCGGACAAAUCAUCUGUGAGUGUUGAAUUCGAUGAUGGGGAUACUGGCCGCAUACCAAUUGACCAUAUAAGGAUGUUACCCCAAGACUUCCCCAUUGCAUCUUAUGACCAAAACCCUAUUUUGCUGAUGGGUAAACGACGGCGGAAGACCAUAACUGAAGAUGUGGACAGUAGGAAGUCAUCAGCUUCUGACACAAUCACAAGUGGUAGUUCUUCAGACAGUAAACGUGCAUCAAAGUCGAAAUCUUCAUCGUCCAGUGCGAAAUCCACUUCGUCCUCUUCGAAAUCACAGAUUAGAAAACAGCAAAAGCAACAGAAAAAACAGCAACACAAACAACAAAAGCAACAAUCUCAGCUUCAUUCCCCUCCUCCCCCAACUUCUACCACCCCUACAUCAACUGCUUCUGGUUCUACGGCUCCAACGCCACGAGCACCGACACCACCUGCUGCAGUCCCUCAGGUGUUCAAAUUUGAUUCCCUUGUGAAAACCCAGCACAAAUCCAAUGCGGAUGUGAAAGCUAGAGGUUUCAAAGUACUGUCAACAGCAACAUCUUCAUCGUCUUCCUCUUCAUCCUCAUUAUCAUCAUCAGCAUCAUCAUCAUCGUCAUCUUCAUUAUCAUUGAUGCCCUCAACAGCCAUGGGGUCGUCCAGUUCAUCUGGUUUAGCAACUCAGACUGUCGUUUCAAAUAACACUACCACGUGUCACAAAUCAGCUGCUGCCACCGCCACUACCAGCGGCGCGGGCAAUUCUUCCACGUCCACAUCUGCUGCUGCUUCCACAGCAGCAACAACCUUAUUCAAGGAUGCACUCCAUCCGAAAUACACCACCAAUGCCAAUUCUACAGAGAUUGCACUCCAACGAAAACACAAAGGUCGUAAGGAACUGAUGCCAGCACACUCUGUUCACCAUCGUAUACACUCACACAAGAGCUCACAGCAGAAGGACAAAAUGAAAAAAGAAAAAAAAUCCACGGCGUCAGUGUCGAAAGCAAAUCGUUCUGGGCGUGAUAUGUCUUUGUCUUCAAACUGUGGUGAGAGCUUCUUAUUCAAUCAUAAAUGCGAAAAAAAAACGGUUUUGCCAAAUUCUUCUAAAAUAGUACCGAAAACUCCUAAUUCCUCAUUUUCAAUUAUCCGAGCCGCUUCAUUCGAUUACAAAACUGAGAGUGCCAAGUCUCUCAGUCAUUCGUCUCCCGUUCCUUCUUCACUUUCCAAUGCUGCAACUAAUUCUUCAAAAUCUCCAUCUUCUUCGAGUUCUCCAUCUUCUUCCUCUCCCCCCACCUCAACUCCUACUGCCACUUUGUCUACUGCUACUUCUAAUACAACUACCUCUUCUUCUUCUUCUUCCUCGUCAUCCUCCACCCCCACUCCCACGCCUCCUCCUCCUUCAUUUUCUUCUUCUUUUCCGGCAAGUUCUUUAACAUCUUCAAAUUCCACUUGCGCAAAUACUCCUUCCGUUUCGGCCAGUGAUCGUAGCAUGGCCAGCAACGACAGUCCGUUCUGUCCGUCAUUGCAACCAGAUCUUAGUAGGCAUCCUUCAUCGAGCGACACUGACAGGUUUUGCUCUGUGCUAAAGCGAAAAGUUACUGAGAAAAAUCUUGCAAAGGUUCAAAAGCCAGUUUCAAAGAGUUUGAAACAUAACAGCAGCAAGCGGAAGGCGUCAGAAAGAACAAUAUCGUCAGAAAACAAAAGUAAAAUCGCAGCUUUCUUACCAGCAAGACAGUUGUGGCGUUGGUCAGGGAAGAGUACCAAACGGCCUGGAAUGAAAGGGAAGGCCAAAAAGGAAUUCUAUAAAUCUAUAGUGCGGGAAAAAGAAACGAUUAUGGUAGGCGAUUGCGCCGUCUUUCUUUCCACAGGGCGUCCUCAUUUGCCUUACGUAGGAAGCAUUGAAAGUCUGUGGGAGGCAUGGGGAGGAAACAUGGUUGUCAAAGUAAAAUGGUUUUAUCAUCCGGAAGAGACCAAAGAUGGUAAAAACCACCUCAACCUGAAGGGUGCCCUUUUUCAGUCACCUCACAUUGACGAGAAUGACGUUCAAACAAUAUCCCACAAGUGUGAAGUCCUCUCCAUCAAUGAUUUUCGGCUACGCAAAUACGAUGCCAGCAGAAUGGACGACUAUGAAGAUAUUUACUUCCUGGCUGGGUCAUAUGAUCCAAUGACUGGACGUGUCACUUAUGAAUCAGGAAUACCAGAAAUCAUAUGACCAAAAACGAAAGGCAAAUACAGCAUAACAGAGACACAGUCAUAACCUUUUAAAAGUUGUCUGUUAAUUCCAUAUAUAUACAUAUAUACAUAUAUAUAUAUAUAUAUAUAUCUACAUACAUACAUACACCCUCCCCACACUCAUGUAUGCAUACAAGUAUGUGUGUAUGUUUGUGUAUAUAUAUAUAUGUGUGUGUAUAUAAAUAUAUAUGACAAAGGAUUCUACAGACCAGUGAAAGAUGCAAAAGCUAUAUUUACCAAUUAAAAUUCACACAUAAAAACUAAUGACAACAUCAAAUAGAAAAAAAGAUUUUAUUAUAAUUAAAUGAGGACAUUUGAAAGAAAAGUGAUAAUUAAAACUAAACGAAUGAAAAUAAUUCACAGUUUAAAGACUAGUGCCAUACUAACAGAAGAAGCCUGAUGGUCUCUAUGUUCGGAAUUCUUCUGGAAACCUCAUUGAAGGAAUUUUUACUGCUAUGGCUAUUACCGUUAUUUCAACAAUGACCAUAACUAAUGAUAAUGAAACGACUGCUGAAGAAGUUGAUGGUGAAAUAUAUGACCUUAUAAAGCACCGUACCUAUGGACGGGCUAAUAUAUACAUACAUAUAUAGAGAUGUGUGUAUAUAUAUAUAUAUAAAUUGGAUGAUGAUGAUGAUCAAAUGGAAAUAGUUGGUUAUGAAAAACAACACUGCCUCUUUUAAUCAUUACUCAUGGAUUCAUGAGAAUGUGCAGAACAAAUGAAUUAAUGUGUGUGUGUGUGUGUAUGUGUGUGUGUGUGUGCCUAUGUGUGUCUGUGCAUAUGCCCUGACCCCCCACCUGAUACUAACAGACUUUGACUUCAAGAAAUACAAAAAACGGAAAAGACUUUGAUAAGUAAAUUUGUGUAAAUAUACACACACAUACACAAAAAAAAAACACAUAUAGAAAUGAAUAAUGUACAUUGAAAUUUUUUUUUUUUGUUCUUAGUUUUUAUUAUUUUAAUUUUUGUCUUUCAUCAUGAUUUUGAUGAUGAGAGAAAACAAGACAUUCUUACCUGGAAUAUUUCAGAAUAUUCUAAAACAGCUGCGAUCAAGAUAGAAACAAAU